CAUGACCGGAGCGUGGACCAAUCACGAGACAGCAGUUAGUUGUCGCGUCGACCGCUAGAGGCGGAGGAGGGGCGCUUGAGUCAGUCGAGUGCGGGACGUCGUGGAGAGUGUGUGAGGUUAUGUCACGGUGAUGUGUUUGUGAUGGAGGAACGUGUUGUUUAUACGGAGUUACCGUUGCCGCUGCACCGACCGUCAAGACACCAUCCGUACGCUCCUCUACAUCAACCUCAUCUACACAUCCCUCCGUCACCCCCCAUCACUGGCACCCAUGUCUCGUCGCUCUACCCGGAGAUCCUCGCGCUCAUCUUCAGCUACCUGGAGGUCCGCGACAAGGGGAGAGCUGCCCAGGUAUGUUCCGCUUGGAGGGAAGCUUCGUACCACAAGUCGGUUUGGCGUGGAGUGGAAGCCAAGCUUCAUUUGAGACGUUCUAACCCAGCGUUGUUCGGGAGUUUGGUCCGAAGGGGGAUUAGAAGAGUUCAAGUUCUGUCACUGAAGAGGUCGCUGAAGGACGUGGUUCAAGGUAUUCCGAAUUUGGUGUCGCUAAAUUUAAGCGGUUGUUACAACGUCACCGAUGUAGCUCUUACUCAAGCGUUCUUCAACGAACUGUCCACGAUCACCAGGUUGAAUCUAUCGUUGUGUAAACAAAUCACGGACAGCAGCUUGGGCAGGAUCGCGCAGCUGAAGAACCUGGAGGUGCUAGAUCUCGGAGGAUGUUGCAACGUCACCAACACAGGACUGCUCUUGAUCGCGUGGGGUCUUAGAAAUCUGCGGUGGCUAAACCUGCGCUCCUGCUGGCACAUCUCGGACCAAGGGAUCGCUCACAUCGCGGGGCUCAACAAGGAGAACGCCGAGGGAAACCUACAACUGGAAUACCUCGGACUACAAGACUGUCAACGUCUGUCGGACGAAGCUUUGAAACACGUGUCGGCAGGCCUAACCGGACUGAAAAGUAUUAAUUUAAGUUUCUGCGUCAGCAUAACCGAUAGUGGACUCAAGUACCUGGCCAAAAUGGCGUCCCUCAAGGAACUGAAUUUACGGUCGUGCGACAACGUGUCGGACAUCGGCAUGGCGUAUCUCGCCGAAGGUGGCAGUAGGAUAUCCAGUCUCGACGUGUCCUUCUGUGACAAAAUAGGGGAUCAAGCUCUCAUACAUAUUUCGCAAGGGCUGUUCAACCUCAGGUCUUUGAGUUUGAGUGCUUGUCAGAUUACAGACGACGGACUGCUCAGGAUAUCUAAAACGCUGCACGAUUUGGACACUCUGCAUAUCGGACAGUGUGACAAUAUCACGGACAAAGGGUUGUUCGCCGUCGCGGAGUCUUUGAAACAUCUUAAGUCCAUCGACCUCUACGGAUGCACCAAGAUCACCACGGCUAGUAUACAGAACGUCAUGAGACUUCCCCAGCUCGCUGUGCUCAACCUCGGCCUGUGGCAGAAGUCCGACACUCGCCAGAUCUGCAGAUGACCAACAUAUUGUGAUAAACUGUCCGUUCCUUUCCUUCGUUAUCGCUCAACUUUGUACAGGUUUCGUCAAGUCGUCUCGUUAUUAUUCUGUUAAGUGUUUGUGACAUUCCCGGUGGAAGUUUGGUAAGCUGAAUUUUGUACGUAAGUUUAUCGACUGAACUUUUUAUUUGUUGAGGAUAAAGAUUGUGUUGGUUUGGCCUUGUUUAUUUUUGAAAUAUUGACCUUGUGAAGGUCUAUUCUUGUUUUGAUCAUCUAUUAAAGUAGGUGUUGCUCUUUAACAUACGAGAGACAGGGUUACAGCUUAGAGACAAACUAGUUCAAGGUUUUAGAGCAAUACAAGGACUUAACAUUUAAAUUUGUUUACUCUUUAACACUUUCAGGUUAAAGUACAUCAAAUCUGAUAUUUGUGGUUAACGUUUAAUAGCUUUUUACUUUUAGCACAAUCAUCACUUUAUUGAAUAAACGAAAGAAGUAGACAUCAAUUUAAAUUUAUAGUUUCUAUUUUUCUAGGCCUAACGCAAAGAUGUGCGACUUCACCAAAAGAUUUCUCUUUAUUUGCAAAAAAAUCUGAUUUUAAUUUCCCUUUAUGCUCGUAGAUCUAAAUACAGUCGACAAGAAUGUUUUGUUUAAUUUACUUUUAGUAUUGUGUUGUUUGACUUCUCUUCUGUAAGUAUUUAAUGACAGCCCUUUAAAACUUACUGGUUUUUAAAUUACUGUAGUACCCUAUUAGACCUACGUUUUUUAUUUUAUAUUUUGUAGUCCAACCCUGACCAUUGGAGGCAUGUUUGCUUGUUUUUGUUUUCAAAAUAUAUACAUUUCACUUAUUGAUCCUAACUUAUAUGCUAAUUUCAUAGAGGUAACCACUGGUUUAUGUGAUAUAAAUUUAAUCCUACCGUAGCUAUUAAUUUUAAAUUGAAAGCCAAAGCAAGAGUGAUUUGAUACAAUUAACGUAAUUACAUACCUUUUUUAUAUUAAUAAUUAAAAAUUCAAACUAUUCAGAGCAUAACUAAGUUUUAUCUGAGGAUUUAUUGUUUACAAUUUAUAAAAUAGCCUGAUUUCACAAAUUUUCAUCAUCUGGAAUCUGAUGCUAUCAUCAGGUGGUAUUGAAUACACACUUGCUAGUUAUGUAGCCUUUGUAUAGACCUACAAUAUUGCUAUGUUUUACAUGUAGUUACUUCUUGAGGACGGCUUUAGAUUCCCGAUCCAGAAACGCCGUGAAAAACCUCGUAAUUUUGCGAUUUAAAUACGUCCAAAUUAAUCUCUCAAAUAAAUAAACUUACUAUCACAAAAAAGAACUUGGACACAAACUUUUGUAACUUAAAUUAUAAAAACAAAACGAACAAACCUCCAAUGAGCAUCGAGUGCUUCAAAUGUUACCAAAGAGAUUAAGUUAUUGUCAUUAUGUUUUCUUAGGUUAAUAAAGCUACCAAACUUUCACCUUAUUUUAACGUUAAAGUGUACAUAUUAUUGAUUAGUCAUUAUGUUGUGUUAAGUUCUCUUUGUUUUGUUCGAUCUCCUAGCGCAACGCUAGAAUCAGGUGCUUAAAUAAGUAACAUUUUGUAUCUAGAAAAUGAAUGAUUUAGUUUCGUAAAAAAUAUCUAAAUUACGAAUGUGUUUAUAGUGUAAUCUACACUUUGCAAGAUGAAAUUUCAAUAUAGUUGAUUUUUAAAAUUCAAA